CGGUCUUUGUAAUUUCUUUUCUCUUAUAGCUCUGCUCUCUAUCUAUUCUCAACAUUUUGUUCUCUCCCAUUCCCUCCCCCCUCAUCUCGAAUUAUUCGUCUUCGGAACCUUGAUUGUCUUACUUUGAUCUUGAUUAUCUUGCUGCCUUGCCUCACCAGCGUCAGCGGCUGCGUCGUGUGAGUUUCUAGAAGGCUGCGGCUGAUCUAGUCGUUUAUGCGCGAUGGAUCACCGUUUAUGAGCCUGAAGUCAUUUUAUUUCACUGAUUUUGCCCCCAAAUUCUCUGCAAACCUGUUUGGUAAUCCGUGAUGGACCAUGAAGAGGAGGCUCCUCCGCCGUACUCCGCCGUCGAUCCGCUUGUCGCUCAGGCAAACGCUCGAAAUGCUCUUGCGACAGCCGAAGUAAACCGGGUUUUACUCCGUCUCCGAGGGGGUGAUGGCCCGCUGUCUGAUACGGCAUCUAGUGAUGGCUCCAGUUCCCUUGUGCUCGCCUCCUCUCCCCUCACACCGGCCAACUUCACCUCCGCUGCCGCCUACUUUGUCGAACGGCCGUCCCCCACCCUGGACAAUGGCCGACCCGUCCUGGCGCAUCACCUAACAAUCUACCCGCGGAGUCAAUCGAAGGACUUCCCUCGUCGGCCUCGUUGCUGGGGCGCACGGACCGAGCAUAUCAUCCAACAGGACUGGGACAUGUUCUUACGAUAUCUGUUUCCUCCGCACCUAGGCCUCGCCUCCUCAUCCGGGCACCUUCCCCGUCAGGUCAGGGCCGAAAUCCAACGAGACCGCAAAGAUCGGCCCCAAGAGACGGACGACCAACGCCGGAUGCGAAUAUCCGCCGUCAUCACCGAGUGGAACCAAUAUUUCUUCGAACCCCGCGCAGCGUGCAUCACAUUCUCCUACGUCACCGAUCCGCAGAAUGCACCGGCGUCGCCCCUCUGCCCUAGAUGUUAUCCUGCAGCAACUCGAGUGUCGCAGGAAAAUCGGACAGCGCUGACCGUGCGGCCGAAUCCAUCUAUCGCUCCAAGGCAGGCUGUGUCUCCUCCGGCGGGUAACCCGCACACCCCUGCACAACCGUAUACAUAUCCAAAUCCACAACUUCCCCCUACUCCACAAACGCCGUACGGGGCUCCGCACUACUAUCAUCCCCCGCCCCUUCACCACCCGACGUAUCCUUAUCCCCCUCAGGCACAGAUACCCUAUCAACAGAACGCCGCGUGGGGCUGGAAUGCCAGAGCUUGGCCUCCUCCACAGCAAAAUUCGGGUUCUAAAAGUGGACCCCUUGGCUGGUUCUCUUCGCUGGCAUCCCAAGCCCAGAAAUAUGGAGAUCAGAUCAGUGCGCAGGCCUCCCAUUAUGGUCGACAGGUCGAAGAGCACGCCAUGGCGCAUGGUCGGUGGAUUGAAGAACAGGCCAGUCUCCAAGGACGAAAGGUGGAAGAUGCCUUUAGCGGUUUGGUCAACCGACCCCGCAACGAAUGGCCCGCCGCCGAUGCUCGAGGCCAGCCUUACUAUCCUAACGCAUACAAUUACUCUUACCCUCCGGCUGCCAAUGUUGCUGCACCCGUCACACCUGUGACGCCCGUGGAGCCCGUCGCUACAUUACCUGUUCAACGUGUCCGGAGAUUAUCUACGGGUUCGGUCUCCUCGGACUCGUCAUUGGAAUCCAUUGAUUCGUUAUCCACGACAUCAGAACUGAGUGCUUCAGAUCUGGCUACUGUUCGCGCACAGCUCUUGUCCCUAGAGGACUAUCAUGAUCGUGAUCUACAUGAAGCCGCAGCUGGACUUCGCCGGCAGCUCACCGUUUUGCAGGAGUCGCGCCGUCAGAAUAGGCUGGCCGGAUGGGGCCUACACUCCCAGCAGCAGCAGCAGGGCUACGGACGUGGCUGGGGCGGGCGAUGGGAAUCGCCCCAGCAGCACCAACGAAACACGGCUGAGAAACGGGCCUUGAAAGAGGAGACGCGGGCCACGCGGAAGGUCUUCCGGGAUGUCCUCCGGCGCGCAAGGGAUGAGCACAAGGAGCAGCGACGGUUGAAACGGAACCGACUCCGUCUGGAACGGUCUCGCCAGAUCGAAGCGGCCCCGUCAGAACCGAGUCUCGAGCUACGGGUGCAGAGCCUGGGCCUGGAUACUCACCGGGAGAGUCAGUCGACGGUCCAGUCUUUCACAUCUUUCCCUUCUCCGCGCCCGCGGUCCGUGACCGAGAUUAGCGAGAUCAGCUCGAUCCGAACGACUAGUACUGCAUCUUCACAUCACCUCCAGGAAGACGAGUCUCCGCCCUGUGGGAAGGAAAGCCAGAAAGAGGCUGAGAAGGCAAAACAAAGUUCGAAGGAGUCGGAACUGAACAAAAGCAAAGCAUCCGAGGAUUUGAAAGAGAAGGGCCAAAAGUCCGGUCAAUAACGAAGGUUUUAAGAUUUCGUUCUAUUGAGCAAUUGCGUGGAAUUCAUCGCUGAUUAUUUCUUUUCUUUUGGCGGACAUUGUACAUGAGUGGGCGGUGUUUGGGUCGAAGAGCAAUUAGCAUCUCUUGUCUGUGUUCAUGGGUAGUCGAGUCUUUUUCUAUAUUUCCGUUUUACAUGGUUUACUCUCCAAUGUUUUUAUUCUUUUCCGCCAUAGUUAGCGUUGCGGAUACUAGGCUCCAACUCUUAAUGAGACAUGACUGCAU